AUGGUCUCGAGAAAGCGCUGUUUCCCUCGAAGCGUCAAUCAAGAAGUGCGGUUGGACAAAUCAAUGGAACGCAGCAUUGCAGUUGCUCCGAGAUGGAAUUCGAUUGGGUGUGAGACUCUUCCCAGGCCACUACUUUGCUGCUGCCGGCGCAUGCAGAAAAAGCGGUCAAUGGCAACAGGCUUUGUCGGUGCUCAGCGAACUGUGGGAGGCAAAGACGGAGCCCAAUUCAGCUACAACGUUGGGAUCAGCGCGUGCGAAAAGUGCAAACAGUGGCAGCGGGCCGUGGCGCUGCUAAGCGAGAUGAGGGAGGCGAAACUGGAGCCCGACGUCAUCUAUCUUCAACGCGGGGAUCAGCGCGUGCGAGAAGGGUUGGCAGUGGCAGCGGGCUUUGGCGCUGUUCAGGGACAUGCGGGAGGCAACCUUGGAGCCCAACUCAGCUACAACGCUGUGACCAGCGCGUGCGAGAAGGGCGGGCAGUGGCAGCAGGCUUUGGCGCUGCUCAGUGGGCUGUUGGCGGUGAAGUUGGAACCCGACGUCAUCAGCUAUAGCGCUGUGAUCAGCACGUGCGAGAAGGGCGAGCAGUGGCAGCGGGCUCUGUCGCUGUUUAGCGAGAUGUCGGAGACGAAGCUGGAGCCCGACGUGUCAGUUACAGCGCUGGGAUCAGCGCGUGCGAGAAGGGCGAGCAGUGGCAGCGGGCUCUGCGGCUGCUCGGCGAGAUGCAGAAGGCGAAGCUGA